AUGGUCAAUUUCAAUAUACAUUGGAAGGGCUGUCCUCAUCGAAAGUUUCCACGCAUAGAUAUUGCUUCGAAUCGUCCUCAAACCAAUUUCACCCUUUGUGCCUCUCACGCCAAUAAAGGCACUUGUGAAAUACACAAUUGUCGAGCGCUAGAACAAGCUCGAAGGAAAGAAAGGACUAAGGCUCGUAGUCGAAGAUCCAGAACCUCAAAGAGCUUUACAGUCACUCGCUCGCAAAACCGUGCUUCGAAGCUAGCUAGACAAGAAGUUUUUGGAUGGGAAUCACCUUCUUCGGAUAUUACUAGGCAGGAUCAGGAGAGUGAGAAUUGUUUUCCAUCUGCCGAAGGUGUCGUCGAAUCGAAACUACCCCAUCCUUAUAAAACCGCCAACGAAAGUCAUAUUUAUUCUGUAGACGGCGCUGGAUGUUCGAGCUUCAAUAGAAUCAAGGGUAGUGUUGCAAAAUAUAACAUAAAAACUCAAGCGGAAAGUCGAACGAACUCCAUUAACUCGACACAAUUGACUGGAGUAGCCGUAAAUCAAGUCCGUCGCUAUCAAGCGAAUCCUGGAACGAUUGCACCGCAAGACACUAGUGUUUAUUCAAGGAGCUUGUAUAGGAAGUAUUAUCCAUCCAUACGUACUGGGUUUGUCUCUCCAGCUAGAAGUAAAGCUUUUUUGGCUGCAUCUACUCUCGCGAGUCUUUACGAAGAGAAAAAUUCCACUCGUCACAACGCCACCCAGGCAGAGAUAUCUACAUCGGGCGAUCCUUCUAAAAAAGAGAUCUCAACAAGUAACACAGCAUUCAUUGGAGCAUCCAGGCUUGCGAGUCUUGCUCAAGGGAAAUCAUUCCCUCCUUCUGUUCAUUCUAUUGUGCAAAGUAUUACUUCGAAUCCUUCUUCUCGUAGUCCUAGCCAGAGAAGAGCUUUGAAACGUUUCACCAGGGAACUCGAGUUAUAUCUUCAAACCGCGAAGCAGGCCCCGAAGCAAACACCUAUUUCAUCUGCACCCUCAACCAGUUUCUCCACGCAAACGAUAGAGACUAUACAAGAACUCAAACCUUACCACGCCGAGUUUCAAGCUGUUGGAUUGGCUGUGACAUCGGCGGAACAACGUAACCGACCCUUUCUGGGCGUCCAGUCGUAUGAACGUAGGAGUACCGUUCCGGAAGUUCAGCCAGUGCCAUAUGAACAUAGCAGUGCUGGGCUGCUAGCGAAAUCUGAAAUUGAUCGAAGAAGAUCUCUCUCUGAUAUUGGAGAGCCACCACAAGCUACUCUACCCAACGACGAAAUGGGGAUUAAGGGGUCAAAUGUUCUGAUCAAGAAAUCAGUAUCUGACCAUGCAAAACCGGACAAAGAAAUCUCGGCAAUGAGUUUUGCGUCAGAAGAAACUGUCAUUGAGUGGACGCCAGCAUAUGAGCGAGGCGAUCCAAGCGAUCGUCUUGAGUCUCCACCGUGUUGCGAUCUGGCACAUCCGCGAGCACCGUCGCCUGGAAAAGCAUAUCGACCGGAAUCCGUUGUCCCACCUGAACGUCCGAGGUCUCCUGCCAAGAAAUCCUUACCAUGGCUCCGUAAGCCACCAACCUCAGCCGGGUCUCCCCCUGAUUCCGGCACUGCUAUUAAACACGCCAGGUUGAGCAAGUUGGCUGGAGAUGCUGCUGCAUCACCUCCGUACUCGGAAUUCACGAGUCAGCCAAAUUCACAGUCUUCUUCUAUAGUAUUGCAUCUCGAUACUCCACCUGAGCACACUCGUUCUUUCCUAGAUCAAAUCCCUCGAACUCCUACCAGUACCACGUCCUCUGAUAUUCCCAUAACACCAGCUACAACCAUUUACCCACAUUCAUUCGUUGGUCCUGAGCAAGUUGAUAAUAUUGGGGUGGCAGAUUUCGCCAGUCUAGAGCACCUCCCCAGCAAAUCUCGUGCUGUGCUUACCGUUGGGGACGUCAUGGAACAAAAAGAUACACGUCUGCUCAAAAAUCAUGGCACCCAAACAAGUGCCGCCCCAUCAUUUAUUACCCGAGCUCCACAUUUCACUACUCAAAUUCCCGUUACUGUUCAAAGCCAACAACGUCGAGGUCUUGUCCUUAAGUCUUCUUUAAUCGGUGAAACCCAAAGACGACAACUACCCCAAGAACCAAAGAAUGUCAGUAUAUCCGAGCCUGCAACCCCACAUCAAAUUUCACACGCUUCCACAGUGGUCUCGUCUUGCACUCAACAAUCUCCACUUCGUUGUACCCAGUGUAAUGUAGAGAUAAAUACCAUCAAGGACUCAAAAGUCCGUCCAAAUACGGCAUCGGUGCCGAGUCCGUCCAUUGGAUUUGGACCGACUUCGAAGAAGAAAAACAUGCGAAUGUCAAGUCAACCUCCCAAACGACAGGUAGAGAGAGAUGCUCUGCUGCAAGAACAUGACGAAACGAGGAGAACAGGCAUUGGUUCAAGGGAGAAACAAAAAGAACCGAAUGUAUCAGCCGAUGAAGAAUGUUUUGCUCGUCAAUCUGGUUUUCUAGAUCGAGUACCGCGACCACAAUCAAAUGCUACCUCCAUACCAAUGCCCACCCAAGCUAAUCAGUCAAGUCAAUCAACAAGACCUGGUUACGUUCAAGGCCAAGUUCUUUCUUAUGCAAAGCUGCCUGAUAUUCCUAUCCUAUUGGAUAUCAAUCCUAGUUUGUCAGUCUCUGAAUCAGUCGGUGAUUUACAAAGUCAACUUAAAUCAUUGGAAAAACAAACCCGACAAGAAAGAGAUACAACGAAGAUGUUCAGGGGAUUGAGGGUCGCUACUGCAGCAGCUUGUGAUGAGGGAGUCGACAAAUUCAUUGAAGAAAUCACAGGAUACAAAGUCAGAAAACUACUCACGGAUCUCAGUGCAUUGGAUGGACUUGGUGUAAAUAGCUUGGCGCAUGUUGCAAGGCAGACUGCUCAAAAAAGGAGGGUGGAUAUAAGGAGAUUACAAAUGACUAAGAUAAGUACAGAGAAAGAUAGGAAUGGAAAUUUUGAAAAGGGAUUUGGAUUUGGUGAUGGUGAUGGUGAUGGUGAUGGUGAUGGUGAUGGUGAUGAUGGAUCGUGGAAAAGUAGUCUGGAAGAAGUAGCUAAGAUGAGAGAAAAGGGCCGGGGAAAAUUGCCAAGAAGCCAGUCUGGAGAGAGGCGGAAGAAUAACAAUAGUGCGGAGAAACCAUCUAGGGAUAGAGCUUUAGGAUUGGUGGCAGGGGAUCAAGGAGUUAGGAUGAGGGAGGAGGCAGAAGCUGCUUUUGAGGAAGUUAGUUCGAGGGAGGAUUAA